AUGUCUGAAUCUAUUAAAAGCAUAAUUGAACCAAAAUUUGACAAUCUUCCUACACAAAUACCAGAGAUAUCUUCUAAUGUUUUCAAAUUGUUUUCAUUAAGCGGAAAAGUUGCAUCUAUUACUGGAUCUUCUGCAGGUAUUGGAUUAGCGGUGGCAGAGUCGUACGCUCAAGCUGGUGCUAAUAUAGCCAUUUGGUACAACUCCACACCCGCAGAUGAUAUCGCAGAAAGGUUAUCUAAAACUUACAAUAUCACUGCUAAAGCUUAUAAAUGUGCUGUUGAUAAUUUUGAAGAAGUAGAAAAGACUGUAAAUCAAAUAGUGAAGGAUUUUGGAACAAUUGAUAUAUUCGUUGCUAAUGCUGGGGUUGGCUGGAAAUCCUGCCCAGUAAGCGAGUCUUCAUUAGAUGCCUACCACAAUGUGAUGAAAGUUAACUUAGACGGCGUUUACUAUGCAGCCAAAUGUAUAGGACCAAUUUUCGAAAAGAAUGGGAAAGGAUCAUUUAUAAUUACUGCUUCCCAAGCUGGACAUAUAGUCACAGUUCCUAUUGCUCAAGCUGCCUAUAAUGCAAGUAAAGCAGCUCUUAUCCAAUUGGGAAAAUCACUAGCAAUUGAGUGGGUUAGAUUUGCAAGAGUUAAUACUAUAUCACCAGGUUAUAUUUUGACCGAGAUUGCGAAACAUGUUCCCUUUGAUGUGAAGUCAAAAUGGUGGCCUUUAAUUCCAAUGGGGAGAGAGGGCUCGCCACAAGAAUUAGUCGGAGCAUUUUUGUAUUUUGCAUCUGACGCAUCUACAUUCACUACUGGUGCAGACUUAAUAAUCGAUGGCGGAUAUACAGUCCCAUAA